AUGCCGCAGCCGAAGCCAUCGUCGCAGCUCUGGCAAGAUUUCGCCUUCAGCGACAUCAUCGGCGAGGGUCAGUACGGCAAGGUAUGGCGCUGCGUGGAUCGCGCCUCGGGUCAGCAAAUGGCGUGCAAGCAGAUCCGCACCGCGGGUCUGUCAGAGGCUGAGAUGGCGGAUCUUCAACGGGAGAUUUACUCCCUGUCCCUUCUGGGCAGCCACGAAAAUAUUCUGUCACUCGCACAUGUAUACGCCGACGACAAGACCGUUUAUCUUGUAACGGAGCUGUGCAACGGCGGGGAUCUCUUCGAUCUGGUCGACCGUUCAGGCGACGGCCUGGAUGAGGCGUCUGCGGCGAAAAUCUUCGUUCAGAUCGUCCGCGCCGUCCGAUGGUGCCACGCGCACCGCAUCGUUCACCGCGACAUUAAACCAGAGAAUAUCCUUCUCACCAAGUCAACGACCAGCGCCGCCGCUACUACCGGAUCUUCCUCUGCUUCUGUCGCGGAUAAUCUCUCCGUUCGUCUUGCGGAUUUCGGAUUGGCUUUCCAGCUGAAGCCGGGGUGCGCGAUGGUUGGGAUCGGUGGGAGUAUGCCGUACGAAGCACCAGAGAUGCUCGCAGAACAGCCGUACAACACCAAGGCUGACGUGUGGUCUCUAGGCGUGCUCCUUUACUCCAUGCUCACUUCCACGUGGCCCGCGUUUCCCGGAAACCGGCGUCAGCUGACCCCGAACGACUUCCGGAGUUCCGGAUGGGCGAAGUUGUCGAUUGCGGCGCGGGAUCUGAUCUGCCGAAUGAUGAUCGUCGAUCCUGCGCAGAGAUAUGACAUCGACGGUGUGAUGUCGCACCCGUGGCUCGCCCACGCGCGACGAGCUGUGUUCCCGCGACAGGCGUCGCAGGUAAUCCCGUCGCGGCCGUCGCAGCAGCAGGUGUCGCAACAGCAGUCGCAACAGCAGGAGGCUGUCGUAGCGCAACUCUCAAACAACACUGCUGCGACCACCACCUGCGACGAGCAGGCCCUCGAUGUUGCCGAGCCUCUGACCCAGCUUCGACAGCCGAACCUGUCUCCGAAGCAGCAGCGCCCUUCUGCAGGAAGAAUCACGUCGGCUGCGCGGAGCGCAACUGCUACCAGUAAGGCCAAGCGCGACGCGGCAGCUUCGCUUCUCGAGCUUGUCACCCUAACAUGGCUCCUUCCUGAUCGACUCGCCGAGUCAGAGCUCGCACCAGAAGCUCUUUCGACAUUGAUUGGAGUGAUUUCCGUUGUAAACGACCACAUUAUCGAGACAGCUCCCACUGAAGCCUCUUCUCAAGACACCACUCGCUCCCAUAGGCCUGCCAGUCAACCCUCUUCCUUGCCCUUGCCCUUUACCCCUCCCCCUGUCAUCGGCCACCCUGCCUCCUUCCCCCACCCCCCUUCCCCCAAUCAAAAUUCCCCCCCGCAUGCUUCCCCCCAUCCUUUCCCCGCCACUGGUUUCCCCCCUUCCCCGUACCCAUAUCCCCCUCCCCACACCCCCCCCCCUGGCGGCCAAAUCCCAGGGGAAUGGGGGCGGGAAAGGGGGGGAGGAUGGGGGGGAGGAGCGGGGGGAAUAAUCGGAGGAAGAGAGGGUGACAGGGGUGGGGCGGGGGAGGCGGGAGGAAGAGGUGAGGGGGGAGAGGGGGAGGGGGAAGAGAAGGAAGGGGGAAGUUCGGGAGUGGUGCCGUGGGCGCUGGUGCUGGCGGUGGUGAAAGAGGGGGAGGUGCUGGGAGAGAUGGCGGCAGAACAGUGGCUUGGGGAGGAGGGCAAGUGGAGCAUCGUUGCUGGCAUCGAAGCCGCCAAGGCCGCAAUCCGCCUGCUUCUGUUGCACCGUGACAAGUGGCGACUUCUUAUUGGAGGAGGCAGCUCGGAGAAUCCCGGCCCCAGCAAACCCUCCCCUACCCCAUCAACUUCAUCCUCGUUACAAGCCCAGCAGCCGUCCCUCUAUCAGCAGCAGCUGCAUAACACAGCCGGUCCAAUGGGUUACAGCAGUGGUAACGGUGGUAACCGGGGCAGGAAUGGGCAGCAGGCAGCCACGACCAGGGCUUUGGGUGCAUUUCAACGGUUCCAAAGGCAAGUGGGGGGGCAGCAGCUGCAGCAGCAGCACUCCCGUCAUUACCACCGCCAGCACCAGCACCACCAGCAGAACCAGUACCAACAGCAGCAGCAGCAGCAGCAGCAGCAGCAGUACCCGCAGCAGCAGCAGCAGCAGCAGCAGCAGCAGCAGCAGCAGCAGCAGCAGCAGCAGCAGCAGCAGCAGCAGCAGCAGCAGCAGCAGCAGCAGCAGCACUACCAGCAGCAACAGUGGUAUUAUGAGCAGCAACAACGUAACCUGCAGCAGCAGCAGCAGCAGCAGCAGCAGCAGUAUUGGGCACAGCAAAACGGUGGUGCUGGUGGUGUGAGGAAUGCUGCUGCCGCAUCUGCUGCUGCUGCAAGCGCUGCAGCAGCGGGUGCAGAACACCCAGGCGGGGUGCAGGCAGCUGACUCCAAUGGGAUUGUUGAGAAGGCUCCAGCUGUCGCCACGUCAGCUGCACGCGUGGAACAUGGGCCUGCCACGUCAGCUGCGUGCGUGGAAGAUGCGGACACCACGGCAGCUGGCGAACAAAGUCCAGCAUUGGCCAAGUCAAAGCAAGUAGAUUGGAUUCGAUGCAUGCACGUCUCAGCAGAGCUCAUUCACAUCUUCCGCCCGUUCCUCUACGUGCUCGCCAUCCGAGCCGCUGCCAGAGCUGCUCGGUCCAGAGCAGGCAGAGCUUCCAUCUCCUCUUCUCAUGCUGCUGCUGCUGCUGCUGCUGCUGCUGAUCGCUCUGCCCCUCCCUGCUAA